UUUUUAUUAUCCUUUUCUAACAAAAUACAAACCCUAGCUGAAAAAAAAAACAAAUCGCAGGGAAAGAUGGAUCUUUAAUAGAUUUCCCUCAGAUCUCUUCCUAUCUAUAAAAUUAACUUAUUUUAUUUGGAUCGGAUUGGGUUGGCUUUAGCAAAAAGAAGGAAGGCGAUGUCGACCCCGGCAAGGAAGAGGCUGAUGAGAGACUUCAAGAGGCUACAACAGGAUCCACCUGCUGGUAUUAGUGGGGCUCCUCAAGAUAAUAAUAUCAUGCUUUGGAAUGCUGUUAUUUUUGGACCCGACGAUACUCCGUGGGAUGGAGGCACGUUCAAGUUAACGUUGCAGUUUAUAGAGGAUUAUACAAAUAAGCCUCCGACUGUCCGUUUUGUCUCACGAAUGUUUCAUCCAAAUAUCUAUGCAGAUGGGAGUAUAUGUUUGGAUAUUUUACAAAACCAGUGGAGUCCUAUAUAUGAUGUUGCAGCUAUACUCACCUCUAUCCAGUCUCUACUCUGUGAUCCAAAUCCGAACUCUCCAGCAAACUCCGAAGCUGCUCGAAUGUUUAGUGAAAAUAAGCGAGAGUACAACAGAAGAGUCCGUGAAAUUGUGGAGCAGAGCUGGACUGCCGACUAAGUGCAGUGUUGGAGAUUUUAAGCUGGCAUCAUUCCAUGAAAAAUGCUGAGGGUGGUGGUGUUAGCAGAACCCGGAAGACUGCUCUAGCUUCUUGUUUUGGGAAUGAAGUACUAUAGUCUGUUUUAGUUUGGUUGAUGAUUUCUUUGAAUUGGGUUUGAUUUUAUGCUUCUCAAACAACUGCGGGUUUUUAUGUUUACUGGUUUCUUGAUGUUGAAUCCUAUUCCUUCAACUUAUAAUGCAACUGUGUCAAUGUCGUGUGUA